CCCGGCGGUAAGAAAGGUUGACGGUUUACCGCCGGCGCCCAGUUCGUUUUGCAAUUUCGAAUCUUUAUUCUAUGCAGUGAAUCAUGGCGCUUUCGAUGAUGCAAUCCUCAGGGCCCUAGCUGCAUUAUUUCGAUCCAAAGACUAGGGGGAACCAACAUUGUGUACGACCGAAAACAACAUUCAUUAUUUUUCAAGCUGGUAUUGAGAAGCGUUCUUUCUGCUGUUAUCUCGGAACCGACUUGGUCUAUUCAGAGCUCUACGAGGGUGCCGGCGGUAACCUGGUUGACUGCUGGCUGGCUGCGGAUUCCGUGUUUGAUGUUGGAUUGCAGACUCGGUAUAAUCAUUUGGAGGUGGAGCAAGCUGCCGUUACGACACCCUCGGAGCAUCUUUCUUGCAGUUUGAUGCGGGAGGAGGUUGGUCAGGGAUUCGGAGGCGAUCAGUUCUCUCAGAUGAUGGUGGUUUGCCCGCGGGUCUCUUCGGUAGAUAUUGGAGUGCAGGCUUCUUCUAGUACGGAUGUUGCGGACUUUCAUUGUGAAGUCGGCUGUCAGACAGAGAGUGUCGUUGGGAUGGAGGGAGGAGCUUCAGGAGUUCUUCUUGGGAAAGUGACUCUGGCGGCGGAGGAGGAGCUGGAGGCACCCUCGAGUGAGGAGUCUUCUCCGAACGUGCAGUCUGAUUCUGAUAGCCGCGCCUUGUCAGGAGCGUCCCAGGGGUGUCUGAAUCGUCCCGUCACGCUCAAUGAGGUAUCGAAUCCUGUACGAGGUCACCGCAAAGGCAGAGGCAAAGGCCAACGAUAUCAUCGCAGCGCCAAGCCGGCCAAGAGCUCUAAAGGCGCCAACAUACGAGGACAAGAGUAUGCAGCUUUCGGUUUUGCGACAGAAGAGGAGUGGGAUGAAGCUAUUCGUGGCCACUGGUAUGCAACUUUCGGUGUAGAACAGCGAAGGCAGGAUGACAUGAAGUGCUUACUACUUCAGACGAUGCAUAAGAUGGAUGACAAUACUGAGAGGAUCCAGGACGCCAUAGUAGUUCAGGGUAGUAAAAUCGAUAAUGUUCAGACCCAGGUACAGAAGCAGGGUGUCGCAAUUUCCAGCUUGGACACAAGGUACAGAAGCUUGGAGGCUAGACAAAAUCAACUUGAGGCCUUCGUCCAGAGACUUCAGGGACUGUCGCGAGCAGGUUCUGUGGCGAGUGCUGCGUCUACGAGGCCUGUGUUUACGAGGCCUGCUAAUGCUAUACAUUAUACCUGAGUAUAUGCUGCCUGCCGCCGCCUCUCUUUGUUGCUUGCUUGUAUUGUGUCACGUGCUUGUUCAGUGAGACGGAUUCAGAGACAGGUUUCAUUCAUUUUCUUGAUCGUUCCGACGUGCCUGUUGAUUGAGACGUGUUGUUGCCUCAAAGAGGUUCGAUAGUAUUUGAUCUCAUGAAUUCAUCACUUCACAUUUGACGUUGAGCAGAAGACUCUUGUCAUACCGCGGGUUGUACAAGCGUAUUUCGGAUUUGAGUUGAUGUGAUUAGGUGUUCGCUGCUCGCUCAUGCCAUGCUUGUGCGUGUCGUGCGUGCGUGCUUCACUUCACACACUCAUAAGAGCUUAGGCUGUCGUCUUCCUGAUCGUCAGGAUCGGUGAGGCUUCGCCUGCUCCCUAUACGUCCGCUUCCUUGCUUCCGACUAGGCUGGAAAGCCUGCGCAGUCGACCGCAAAGUCCGCAAAAAACCUGGUUGACGGUUUACCGCCGGCUCCCAUUUUCAAUUUUUCAUGCUGAUCUGAGGUCUGGCUUCGUCUGGAAGAAUUUAUCGACGGAAUGUCCGACCAGCGCCGACCGAGAACAGAGCUCUACGAGGCUCCCGGCGGUUGCGUGGUUGACGGCUUACCGCCAGAUCCCAGUCUAAAGCGAGAGCCAAACAAAUCCAAACAUUGGACGCGAGGGCGCAGGCCGGGCGCGGGCGCG